UAGCGGUGGACUAUUUCUUGUAACGAGAAUUCUGAAUAAGGACUACAGAGGCGCUUGGCGAAAGAGACGCAAUACCGCUUGCUGUAUGUGGAUAUGGAUACCCAAAAAUAUAAUGGUAGCUCUGCAAAUAUAUUCUUCAUUAGGAAGACCACCAACUGCACUUCUUCGCUAUCUUUUCAUUCAUUGUACCUUGCUCGUUUCCAGUCAGUUUCGCCUGUUAUUUUUGCAGUGUCUUUCAUAGCACUCCAAUAUUUCUCUCACGUCCACACCUUUGCAAAAGCUGCUAUAACAGUAGGGCUCAAUCCUUUCACAUCUUUUAAAAAGAAUAUAGAUAACAAUGAGCAUUGUGUGGUUCGAACACACGUCUCUCGCAUGCCAUCUGCCUCUAGUCUGCUACAGACUGAAAAAGUCACUCUCGUGACCUUGGGGUCGAGGUAUAGCCAGGCUCCCCAUCACAGCACUUUCAUGUGCUGGGCUCGGCGGUCCAUUGUGCGAGUGUCUUGACCACUGGACCAAAUGCUCUCUUUGACUUCUGUUGAGCGUGUUUUGAAGUGAAGUGUUUAUAAUGUAUGAAAGGGGGGGUCUUCAAAAAAAGAAAACGCGGAAGCAUAGCGUAGCUAAUCGAAAGAACGCUCCAUUCUCUUUUGUAGCACUUGUUCACGAUAGUUCUGGGUACUACGCGUAGGGGCCGUGUCUUUUACAGAUGCUCAUUAACCUUCAGAAUAUUGCCAGAGGAAGCCCGUCUCUAUUGAGUGACAGUGAAACUUUGCGUACGUUCUAUCAUUGACGAUAUAAGA